AUGCACGGGAAAAAAAGUGCUACAGUUUGGCUUGAACCUGAAACACACCCUGAAAAUAUAUUAAAUGAAUUGGAAGAUAGGCUGAUUGGUAGAAGCGAUAGAAAUAUUAAAAACGGUGGUGAUGGUGAUGAACGUUUUGAUGAAGAAAUAAAAAUCGGUUUCCCUGAAUUUGACGAUUUAAUAAAAAUCGGGAACGAAGGAUUUAAACCACAUUUAUCUUUAGGUCAAUUUAGAGACGAGGUGUCGGCGAAAAACGCAAUAAAUAAAUUUUCUUCGAAAUUUUCAAGUGAUCCUAUAAUUGAAUUCGAUGUAACGGAAUUGUAUUGGAUAACUCGUAAAGGAUUUCAUGACCCAUUUGAAAUCUAUGAAAAAAUUUCGUUAUGCUAA